UUUGAUGGAGAUCCCAAAAUUUCUUAUUUGAUUAAAUUAGGAAGGUUGGUUUUUUAGUUUUUGAGUUUUAUUGCUUCCUUCCUCUUCUUAUUCUUCAUUGCCCUCCAUUGGAAGAGGCUUCCCCAUAGAGGAAUAGAUAAGGAGGAAGCAUAAGUAUUCCUCUUACUUUUCCCCUCUACACAUCAUGGCUUUCCCUUUCCCUUUAACCUUCCUCAUUACCAUCAUCUUCUCCUUUUCCCUUCCCUUCCCCUCUCUUGUUCAAUCCAAACUCACCGUUGGUUAUUACCAGAAAACCUGUCCCGACUUCGAGAAGAUCAUUCGAGAAACCGUCACUAAUAAGCAAAUCACCAGCCCUGUCACCGCCGCUGGAACCCUCCGACUCUUCUUCCAUGACUGCAUGGUCGAUGGUUGUGAUGCCUCCGUCCUCAUUUCCUCCAACUCAUUCAACCAAGCCGAGCGUGAGGCUGAAAUCAACCACUCCCUCUCUGGAGAUGCCUUCGACGUCGUCGUCCAUGCCAAGACCAACCUCGAACUCUCCUGCCCUGGCAUUGUCUCUUGUUCCGACAUCUUGGCACAGGCGACUCGAGAUCUAGUGGUGAUGGUAGGAGGACCAUUCUACAACGUCCGAUUGGGGAGAAAAGAUGGAAUGAUAUCAAAAGUAGAUAACGUGGAAGGGAAUCUCCCGAGAGUGAACUUUACGAUGGACAGACUCAUUGAGUACUUUACUGAAAGAGGCUUCACCAUCCAAGAACUGGUUGCCCUCUCCGGCGGCCACACCAUCGGCUUCUCCCAUUGCAAGGAAUUCUCCGAUCGCCUCUUCCAUUACAGCGCCACGACACCUACUGACCCAGACAUUUACCCCAAGUUCGCCGAAAAGCUCAAGUCCAUGUGUGCCAAUUACCAAACUGACACUGCCAUGUCAGCUUUCAAUGACGUCAUGACACCUGGCAAAUUCGACAACAUGUUCUUCCAAAAUCUUCCACGUGGCCUUGGCCUACUCGCCACUGACAACGCCCUCGUUAAGGAUCCUAGGACCAAGCCAUUUGUCGAACUUUACGCCGUUAAUCAAACGGCGUUUUUUAACGACUUUGCUCAUGCUAUGGAGAAGCUCAGUGUUUUCGGCGUUAAGACAGGAAGGAAAGGGGAGGUUCGACGAAGGUGUGACCUCUUUAAUUCCAUUCAGACAUGAGACAUCGUUUCUUCUUUCUUUUUCUCUUUCGUUUUUUCUCUUUUUUUUUUCUUUUUUUUUUUCGUUUCUUACCAAAAAUAAACAAAUCAAGAAGAAAGAAGGAAAGGAAAAGGAUUGAUGCUCAUAUGCAAAUCAAUGUUGUUCUCUAGGAAGAAGA